CUGGUGAUUGGCCCGAGCUCUAAAGCCGUGCAGCUGUGGCCGUCGGCGUGUUUGCGCAUGCGUGGUGGUAUCCCCAGGACGGCUCGGUGUUUGUGUUACGGUAUCGGUGUCGAUCAUGUCCCUGCACGGGAAACGGAAGGAGAUCUACAAGUACGAGGCGCCAUGGACCGUGUACGCCAUGAAUUGGAGUGUGAGGCCGGACAAAAGGUUCCGGUUGGCUCUGGGCAGUUUUGUGGAGGAAUACAAUAAUAAGGUUCAGCUGGUUGGUCUGGAUGAGGAAAGCUCAGAGUUUAUCUGCAGGAACACUUUUGAUCACCCAUAUCCCACCACAAAGCUCAUGUGGAUUCCUGACACCAAAGGGGUGUACCCAGACUUACUGGCAACAAGCGGGGACUAUCUGCGUGUCUGGAGGGUUGGUGAGACAGAGACCCGUCUAGAGUGUCUUCUAAAUAAUAAUAAAAACUCGGACUUCUGUGCUCCCCUCACCUCCUUUGAUUGGAAUGAAGUUGAUCCUAACUUGCUGGGAACUUCCAGCAUUGAUACAACUUGCACCAUCUGGGGUCUGGAGACGGGUCAGGUACUGGGAAGGGUCAACUUGGUGUCUGGUCACGUGAAGACACAAUUAAUUGCUCAUGACAAAGAGGUGUACGACAUUGCGUUUAGCCGAGCCGGAGGGGGCCGAGAUAUGUUUGCUUCUGUAGGAGCCGAUGGUUCUGUAAGAAUGUUUGAUUUGCGUCACCUGGAGCACAGCACCAUUAUCUAUGAAGACCCCCAACACCACCCUCUGCUCAGACUGUGCUGGAACAAGCAAGACCCCAACUACCUUGCAACCAUGGCUAUGGAUGGGAUGGAGGUAGUGAUUCUGGAUGUUCGAGUGCCCUGUACACCUGUGGCCAGGCUGAAUAACCAUCGCGCUUGUGUGAAUGGCAUUGCCUGGGCCCCACACUCCUCCUGUCACAUCUGUACAGCUGUAGCGGACGAUCACCAGGCUCUGAUCUGGGACAUCCAGCAAAUGCCACGGGCUAUUGAAGAUCCUAUCCUGGCCUACACUGCAGAGGGAGAAAUCAACAACGUCCAGUGGGCAAGCACCCAGCCUGAUUGGAUCGCCAUCUGUUACAACAACUGCUUAGAAAUCCUCAGAGUCUGACUUUAUUUAUUCCACCCUAAUACACCCCAAAUCCCCACCGGUUCCAUCCCAGAAUCCAGGAUUUUUAUACAUCUUUAAUGUGCCCUUUGUUCCCUUUUUAAGGAAAGAAAACGUAUCCAAGUGUUGACUUUGGGACUUUGUUCAGUAAGCUAUGCUAAGGUGCCGGUGUGAGAGGUCACCUAGAUACAUUCUAUAUCUACUGACACCAUCUGACUUGUCCUAAAUACUGUAUGAGUAAGCAGGAGGUGGAUAUUAAUACAUUAUCUCUGUCGAGUCUGUAUUUUACUUUACUCGCCUGUGUAGAUGAUACAUUAGACAUACUGUAUUUUGCGUGUUUUAAUGGUAACAUUUCAAUGAAGGACAUUUUUGCAACCUUUUUAUUUGCCUGCAAUGAUGCCUAUGUAUGCAUUUAAUAUCCCUGUGUUUGUAUACCAAUAAUGUCUGUGGUCCCUUCUUUCUGUAUCCAGGGCGGUGCACAGUCACUUACUGUGCCUCAGCUAAAGAUAAUUUGCUUUCUUUGAUGACAAAAAAAAAAUGCAACCAUGAGUCCAUGCAAAAAUAAGUACAAAGGCCACUAAAUAUGGAGUUAGUCUAUAAUGACUGUAAGAUAGAUGGCUGUUGCUUACAAUAACCAAAUGAGUUGCCUGUUUUAUUUCUGAAAUGGAAGUGUAAGAAAAUAUCUGAACACCACUGACGCUUAUUUGUUUUGAAGUUUUUCUAAUAAAUAAUGUCCGAUCUUUACAA